AUGUCCGACGAUAGUAUAGAUCGGGACUGGAUGACUAGGGCUUCCGUGGAGAAGCCCAGAGCAAAUCUAGGCGACCUUCCAUUCGAAAUACUCGAAAAUAUAGUCAAACAUCUCUCACAACUCGAUCUCCUCUGCCUUUCACUGUGCAACGUUUGGUUGUAUUCUUCUUUCCCCGAGGCCCAAUGCUACCACUUCAACUCUGACGAGGGAAUUCUACUUGAGUUCCUGCGGCGCCUUGCCAGAUUCGAGCCACGCCAUUAUCUCUGCCACAGCUGCAAGCGUCUCCAUCGCGUACAGUCCGUUGAAUCACCAGGACCUUUCUCAAGACCACCAAAAUGCCAUGGCGUUCCAAGUCCAUACUACUACAGUGCCAUAGACACAAAUUACCACUAUCUCUACAUGGACCAACCUCUCCGCAUGACCCAGUUCCCCUGCUACGCAAAAUACAAGUUCUACUUCGUCCACCUCCAGCUGGCCAUGCGCAGCUUCACGUACGACCCUCAAUUCGGGAUCCCCGUCGAAUCACUGUUCUAG